AUGGAUCCGGAAUUCUCAGAUAUCAUGCAUCAUGCAGAGUUUAAAGAUUACGAAGGAAUUCCGGAUGAAGCAAUCAAUGCGAAGAAUUCUUUGCGACAAGGAGAUAGUUAUUAUUGUAAGUAUAUGAGCAGUAAAAUCGAAUACCAAAAGAGGAAUUUUCAGAAUGACACUUUGGUGAGGACUGGAACUGCAGCACGAUGUAUCUUUGGUAUUGCUACUGGUAUCACAGGUGCCAGUGGUGAUAGUGAUGAUGAUGGCUGUGAUGCUGUGCUUGCCGGUGACCUUUGUUUGUACACUGAAUUAUACAAAACUCUUGUCCAUAAUACCCUUUGCGCACCGUCUUUCUCUUCUGCAACCCUGCCCUCUUUGUACAUCUUGUCGGAGAAGUUUCCAACUACAAUUUCUACCCUGAGCUCUAUUUGA